GUUGUCAAAUCACGUGAUUCGGAAUCGUGCUCAAAGUGGAGACUACGAACCUGACUCGACGUCCUUCGAUUUUUGAACCAACCACCAAGCGACGACGUCUACCAGGUCUACUUGGUCUUGGACUCCGCUCGUUGGACCAUGCCGGGUAUGAGAGGUUUAUGGCACAGCUAGCUUGCAGUUCUUGUUGCAUGACAGUCCUUCUGUUUGACAUCUCGAGAGAGACGCGCGCCUUGAAGUAGUCCGCAUGCAUGGCGAGAAGGAGAAGGGGUGAGCAAGAAAAGUCCGUAGUAUUUUUUAUUCGUAGCGUGUGCUGUAGAUCUACCGUUGAACCGUUCAUGCCAUUCUACUUGUACUACUCAAAAUGUCGUUCGUUCGCGAUGAUGUUCAGCCGCUGGCUACGCAGGAUAGUCUUCAAAGCCUGCUGGACGGAGUAUCGUGUGGAUUUCUUCUCAACGAUGUUCGCGAAACGGACGAGAGGCUAGGUAUCGGGACGUUUGGAACCGUGUUUAAAGGCUACUGGUGUCACGCGCCUGUGGCCAUCAAACGCCUCCACGACACGCUGAUGUACAAAGAGACUGGCGAGCCAUCGCUGGAUUCGAAGAAUUUCAUCAAAGAAAUUUCUCUGCAUCGAGUGCUGCGCCAUCCCAACAUUGCCCAGAUCCUGGGUGUCAUUGAACCACGACCGGGACACGAGCAGGGCAGUCCCGGAAUUGUGUUCGAAUUGCUCGAGCAGAGCCUAAAGAAGCGCUACAAGAACGAGUCUCUGCAGCGGCUGCGCGAAUCGCAGCAGGUGGAGAUCGGCCGUGGAGUAGCGGCAGGCCUACACUACAUGCACACGGUGGGAAUCCUGCACAGGGACCUGACGACCAGGAACAUCAUGCUGAGCCAGCGAGGCGACGACGACUACCAUGCCAAGAUCACCGACAUGGGAGUGUCGCGCGCCAUCGCGAUUGGCUCCAUAGUCCAUCGCAUGUCCUGCAACCCGGGCAAUCCGAGCUACAUGGCCCCGGAGACCGAAUGGUACGACGACCCUGAUAAGCAAGCCGAGUACGGCCCGAAGUCCGACUGCUUCUCCUACGGUAUAGCCAUGCUGGCCAUGUGUGUGCGCAGGGAGCCACCACCGCCGGCUGUUGUUGCCAAAAGAGGUCGCCGUGACCUGGCUAACAUGCGGAGUGAUUCACCCGACCACCCGCUCCUACCCAUCAUCGUGCAGUGCCUGGAAGAGAAGCCGGAGAAAAGGCCAUCGGCCGACGACAUUUGCGACGGACUCAAACCGCUCCGCGAGAUCCUGGCAACACCUGCAGCAAGUCCUGUCAAUCCACCGGGUACGCCCGUGAUUGGUGAUGCAAAGCGCCAUGACAGCGUCUCACGCAGCACCAGUGCAUCGCAAACCAUUUUCACGCCGCCACGUUCCGUGAGCUCCCCGCAGCAAAUCGUCGGGUCUCCGAAUGCGGACAGUCGGAUACCUAUGAAACCGCGGGAGCUAUUUCCAUCUUCAUCACCAGCAGACACGCCAGCAGGAGAGGCAAGUGGAGCUGUGGCUGGAAAUGAUGAGUAUCUGUACCACCUGGAAGAUCUGCAGAGCGUAGACGUCACGGAGCAGACCUGUGCUGGAGCUGGAAUUACGCCAUACCGCCAGUCGACCAUCGUGAAUCCCGGACCGUGGACGAGAAUCCUGCACCAUCGGCCCUCAGUCGCAGGAGCUGAGAAGCUGUCGGUGGCCGAUAUCUGCGCAACCGCUGGAGCGGACACAGAGCUUGGAAUGCUGGGACGCUGCUACCGAAUGUUCAAUGUCUGCGCCAGCACUGAGAUGCAGCCGCCAAAGUGCAUUCCAAAGUGGCUGCAACUCAUGAAACUACCGCGCCACUCGCGUAGACGCUGUCAGCUUGCUUGCGUCCACGAUGGCUUAUUGCACUGCGCAUUCCAGCGGCAUCAGGAGGGCAGCGUUGCGAUCCUCUACUGUCUCGACACGGCAAGCAUCGGCGGAGGUGGCGGCUGGAAGCGUUCUCGCAUGCCCCCAGGCGAACACUGGCACUGGAGGUGUUACCUGACCUCCACCGCACUCGGUCUCGUGUGUGUGUGCAUCAACGAACAUAAGACGGGAUGCUACAAAGUGAUGCUCCGAAGUAAGGACACCCAUGAAUGGGAGCCGCUCGGUGAACUACCUCUGGUCAAGUUCUCGUUCGGCGUCGCCGUGAACGGUACUGAGCUCAUCGUCGUCGGUGGACGUGGCAGUCUACGAGUGCAAGGAGGUAACGUGAGCACAGUCCAUAGCUUUGAUCUGAGCACUCGCAAGUGGCAGUCCUGGGCGGAUUUACCCCAUGCUACCGCUGAUGUGUCGCUUGCCGUCCAUCGCGACCACCUGCACGUGUUUGGCCACAGCGGGCUGGUGCGUGACGAUGCUACCUGCGUGAUGAGCGCAGAUCUCGGCAAGCCGCUCUCCGAGAGGGAAUGGACGAUGGACGUGCACUGCCGAAUACCUCGUAAGCUGUGCGGCUCCGUUGUUCUGGGCGAUCACCUGAUAAUCUGCGGUGGUCUGGAGGCAUCUCUUGUAAGCCUUGAUUGGAAGCGAGACUGCUCCAAUGCAGUAUUCCUGUACACACCGGAUGGAGACAGAUCACGGUGGCUGGCACUGCCGCACCUCGUCACUCCGCAGAGCUUCCCGGCAAUAGUCACCGAUGGCCAGAGGCUGAUCUGCUUUGGCGGAAUGUCGGACAUCGACACCCUGGUCCAGUUCGUGGAGGUGCUGGAGAUCUAGCCGGUGUCCAUGCAACGGAACCACGUCAGAACAUGUACUGCUUCUAGUGGUAGCUAGUCUUUCCUACUGCCGGGAAGUAGGUUCAAUGCUAUAACGUGAAGUUCACCUCCUGCUCAGCAUAGCUUUAAACCUGUGGAUAGCGCAAGACAAAUAUUCCGUAUGGUGAGAUCUGCAACGUGUUGUUGUACUCAAACUUGAAGUGGACUGCUCUGCGCAGCAAUGGUCAUGUGGAUAGCCGUGGCGUGGGACGGUAAGUCCUAUAUCUUGAGACUUGAGAUCUGCACGGUGUGUUCCUCGACGUGGCCACUGAUCGACAUCUCUUGUUCUUCCAGGCAAUUCCAUGGCAUGACACACAGGCUGAACCUCACUACUUUCUCCAGCAGCGCUGUUGUCACUGUGUCUGCCGCUUCAUGGCACAAGGUGAAUGGGUUUCCUUAGCUUACUGCCUGCUCCAUCUAGGAUAACUUAUUCAUUGCAGCAAGGAGUGAUUGUCAUUGCCAUGGGAAGACCGUAAACUGCUACUUGCACUUGAAAGUGAACAUAGCUUGAAAGUUGAAACUCUUGAUCAACCGACCCCACACUCUUUUCUGAGAGUAUUUUUCCCAUUUCUUAAUACUUUUUCUACAUCUUGCAUUACCUGCAACCCAUGAAACUUCAUUACAUGUUGCAGGCAAAAUGAAUGGUUUCUCAAAAGCUGCUCUUUCAAUGGGCUGCUGCACUUUCAUUAUUAUUCUUGACUUGCAGUACAUCGGAUUUGACGCUAGCAGGCUAGCGAUGGUGACCUUGAUGCACACUGUUGCUUCUGCACAGUUGUAAAGAAUGCAUAUUUUUGAUUGUGCUCACUUCCGUUAAUCGUUUUCUUUGUAAUUUUCCAUUCAUGUUUUGCUUUAAUUAAUAUUUGCUUUGUUUUCCUAGCUUACUAUUGCCGUGACUGGCUCAACGCCCUUGUCUCAGGGGAUUCUGUCCCUGCAUUAGCUAUGCUUGUCACAUGCUAUGAGAUUGUGUCUAAUAAUAAUAAUAAUAUUCUAAAAUUCUUGAUAAUUAUGCCGUUCUAGCACCUUUCUUUCACUGCACAGCACUAUCUAAAUUAUGAAUAUAUGAUUGACUUCAACUGUUUGAAAUUAUUUUGAAAUUAUAAGUGUUUCCUUUGUUCAGCAGCACCACUUACUUUUAUUAUAUUUUCUCUCUAAAAACGCCUUGGUAUUUCUAUUCAAUCUGUGGACAGCUGGCCUGGCCUGAUUUGCAAUUGUACUAGGCUAUAAGCGUCGAAACAUAUUCCGUGUUCAACGGACCAUGAGCCGUAUGGGGAUAUGGAGAGGCUGAUACGUGUACAACUGUGUAAUGAAGGACAUCUCACAGUAGAGCCUGAGGGCAAUCAGCUACUAGUAUAUUCGUCCUGUUCCC